AUGUUAGAGGAGUUAAGAUUCUACAUGAUGGACAUACUGUACAACAUGACAUUAAAGGGACAACAAUGGGGAAAUCAUAUUUGUUCAGAGAUAAGAGAUAAGGGUAGUAGAGGUGAACCUCAACAACAUGAAGAGGUUGAAAUGACUCAUAUUAAGAUGGAUACUACUCAAAAUGAUAUGCAAGCUACUCCUAAUGAUGUUGAAUCCAGUAGUGCAUGGGAUUUUAGUCAGUAUAUGAAAGUUACUCCACCUAGAAGUUAUGAAGGUGAGGAGGGUGUUGUGGGUGAGGAGGUUGUUGGUGCUAAUGUUCAAGUUGAUGAGGUUAUUCCUAAUGUCCAAGUUGUUGCUAAUGUUCAUAUUCAGGAGGUUGUUCCUAUUGUCCAGGUUUAG